AUGCCAGACGAUCAUAUACCUUCCGUUAAAGGCGAGAAAUCGACCGCCAGUGCGGGUGUUGUCACUACCUCGGACACAGAAAUCAAACUAUGUCAGCAUAAGAUCGGUGGUAGGAACCUCAUUGUUUGCAUCGACGGUACCGCAAAUCAGUUCGGAGAGAAGAACACAAAUGUCAUCGAAUUGUAUAAUCGCAUCUUGAAGGAGGUCGAAGACAACCAGAAAACUUGGUACAACAGUGGUAUCGGGACGUACGCCCGGCCAUCUUGGAGAUCGUUCAAAUUCUACCGACAGGUCAUUUCUCAUAAGGUUGAUUUGGCGAUUGCAUGGAAUUUUGAACGAACAGUAUUGGGUGCAUAUCGCUGGUUGUCAGAUAAUUAUGAGCGUGGGGAUUGUAUAUUUCUUUUCGGCGAGUUGGAACAAUAUGUGACUUGUAUGUCCUUCGAUGCUCAGGGAUCUAACUAG